GUUUGUAAAUGAAUUUUAAAGCAUGCUCUCCAGAUAAAAUUUUUCAAAUAUUUAAUACUUUGCAAAAACAGAAUGUACUAUUUAAUAAAAAUCAAAAUUAUUUAGGAUCAUGGUAUAUUUGUGGCCCAACUGUUUAUGAUGAGGCCCAUAUUGGUCAUGCAAAAACAUAUGUCCAAUUUGAUAUUAUACGUAGAAUCUUAAAAAUGUUUUCGUAUGAAUUUGUACAAGCUAUGAGUAUAACUGAUAUUGAUGAUAAAAUAUUGAGAAGAUCAAAAGAACAAAAUAUAAAGCCAUGGGCACUUGCAAAGAUGCAUGAAAAUAUGUUUUUUGAAGAUAUGAAAUACUUGAAUGUUCAGCCACCCAAUAUUAAAUUGAGAGUAUCUGAGCACAUAGCAUACAUAUUAUAUUAUAUUCAAGUUAUGAUUAACAAAAAAUUUGCAUAUUCUGUUCCUAAUGGAAAUGUAUAUUUUGACUCUCAGAAAUAUAAAAAAAAUUAUGGCAAGUUUAGAAAUAUUUCUGAGUUAAAAAUCAAUCAAUCAUCAUAUGAACCCUCUUUUAAAGAUCCAUACCGCAAACAUCCCACUGAUUUUGCACUAUGGAAAGUGGACAAAAUUUACGAUCAAGAUGAAUAUGAUUCCAAAGUCUUUGAUGCUUCUAAAAUGAUGAUACAUAACAAUAACACUUUAACAAAUAGUUCUCUUUAUGGUAGACCAGGGUGGCAUAUAGAGUGUUCUGUUAUGUCAAACCUUGUGUUCGGUCCCAGAAUGGAUAUACAUAGCGGCGGCCGAGAUCUUAUAUUUCCUCACCACGAAAACGAGCUAGCUCAGUGUUCCUGCUUUUACGAAGGGGGGGAUAUGCGUCAUCUCGAGGAUGGAAAGGAUUACGAGAUGGCCGACAUAUGGAUGCACACCGGACACCUGAAUAAUAGCAACGACAAUCGAAAAAUGUCGAAAUCUCUCAAAAAUUUUAUGACUUUAAAGGAUUUCUUUGCCCCUCUAGAUCGGUCACAACGUCAUGCCAAUAAAAUCGAGUCCUACAACAGUGAUCAUUUUAGAAUGAUGUGUCUUCUGAAUCAUUAUAGAAAAGAUUUGACCUUUGACCUGGAUGUCACUAUGAACAAAAGCGUUUCUUUAUUAAAUCGCAUCGAUAACUUUCUGUUUCAAAGCAACGUUUACGCCCACACUGCGGGCCAAGGGGAGAAUCACAAAAUUUUCGAUAAUCACGGGAAUAUGAGUUAUUGUUGCCCAAUUGAUGAAGUACACUUGGAAGAAAUCUUGGCCAAAACGAUACUAGAAGUUGAUAGCCACCUGAGAAACGAUUUUGACACUCCCUGCGUCAUGCAAGCACUUACGAAGCUUAUCGAUGAAUAUGACAAGAACGUUAACGUUAAUUCCUCUAACCCUAUACCAUCUAUAUCAGACAUAGUAUUUUAUUCGCGCAGUCCAUUUGUCGUAGCCAAAUUAAGAUAUUUUGUCGAAAAUUUGCUUUUGGAUCUUGGAUUCAAUUUUUCUGGAAUGAAACGGCAUCAGUUAACAGUACACGAAACAAAAUACGAGACUAAUGAUAGCGAAAUAUUAAGCCAGGCCCUGACUAAAGAAAGUUCGGUUGAGAUUUUACUCAAUUUCAGGAAUAACGUCAGAUCCGCUCUUCUUGAUUCUCAGCAAGAUAUUAGUCUUGAAAAUUUGAAGGAAAAAUUGCUUAAACAUUGUGAUUCAUUGCGACAAACAAUGACAGAUUUGGGUGUCGAUAUCAAACUUCUGGAGAUGGUAGCUAGAAUUUUUUAUAUUAUUCUUAGUCACUAUAAUAUCAAUACAUAAUAAUAGAGAGCAUAUCUAACGGGGCCAUGCCGAAUUUCUUGUUGAUUCCCUCGCGGAAUAUUUCGUUGGAUGUUUUUUUGAUAAUAGACGAAUUCUUCAAAUAAAAAUGUUAAAAUAUAAUUGAGAAUAAUCAUUAUUUUCAUUGUUGUUUUGU